GUCCCGUUCUUGCUCCAACCCGGACUCCAUGUUGUUCCGUCAGCUACGGAGGGAACAAGUGCCCUGACCGAAAACUCUCACGUUGCAACUCUGUGUGUGCGAGAAGUAAAGUGUGUUUCUGUGUGAGUGUGUGCUAAACCUCCGAAAGAAGAUGGCAGACUACCGGGAAGACACCGGAGCUCGAGCCCUGCUUGCUUUACAGUCGGCACCGUGCAGUCCCGUGCGUGUUGCGGUGACCUCCCACCCCUAUCACCAGCCUUCGCUCGCCCUCCUGGGUCCUCCGAUGGUGGAAACUCGUACCGACGCUGGGAUUCUUCCUGUGCGCCUCGCUUGUCCUCCUCCGCAGGCCCUGGCCAGACUCGAGGGCCGGGACUUUGAGUUUGUCAUGCGCCAGAGGACGGUCACCAUAGGCCGGAACUCUUCGCACGGCUCAGUGGACAUUAACAUGGGCCAUUCGAGCUUCAUUUCACGGCGACACCUGCAGAUCACCUACGACGAAGCGAGCGGUUUCUCCCUCCGGUGCUUGGGCAAGAAUGGCGUAUUCGUUGACGGGGUGUUCCAGCGGAGAGGGGCGCCGCCGCUUGCGCUACCCCGAGAGUGUGUGUUUCGUUUUCCCAGCACGGUGAUCAAGAUCCAGUUCAUGUCACUCCUGGAGACGGAGGAGCACAGAGAAAGGGAACAGGCUGCACUUCCCCCUCGCCCACUUCUGCCCCACAUUUCUCCGCUCAAAAUCAGCAUUCCCACAAUGCAGCAGCAUGAAGAGCACAUCCGGGCAUUCGGAUCUCCGCUGCCUUCACCUACCGGCACCAUCAGUGUUCCUAACUCCUGUCCGGCUAGUCCACGAGGUGCAGGGUCCUCAGGGUAUCGCUAUGGACGCAAUGUGACUUCUGACCUCCAGUUAGCGGUUGAAUUUGCAGCUAAGGCUGUUUCUGAGCGACGAAACCUCAGCGAUCACAGAGGUGGAGGAAGUGAGCCACGGGGGGAAUCGGCUGGUGGGGACAGCCCCAAGGAUGAGUCCAAGCCUCCUUAUUCCUAUGCACAGCUGAUCGUUCAGGCCAUCUCUUCUGCCCCGGACAAACAGCUGACUCUCAGUGGCAUCUAUGCCCACAUCACCAAACACUACCCCUACUAUCGCACUGCAGACAAGGGCUGGCAGAACUCGAUCAGACACAACUUGUCACUGAACCGCUACUUUCUGAAAGUAGCUCGAUCUCAGGAUGAGCCAGGGAAAGGCAGUUUUUGGCGUGUUGAUUCUGCUUCUGAGAGCAAGCUUGUGGAGCAAGCAUUCAGGAAAAGACGGCAAAGAGGAGUGGCCUGCUUUAGGACGCCAUUUGGCCCUCUCUCAUCUAGGAGUGCCCCUGCAUCCCCCACCCAUCAGGGACUUCUCUCUCCUCCAUCCAGCGGCCUGCAGACUCCUGAAUGUCUGAGCAGGGAGGGCUCUCCUAUCCCCCAUGACCACCACGAGCAGCUGGCUAAUAAACUAGCAUCUGUGCCUGAAUACAGGUACUCCCAGAGUGCCCCAGGAUCUCCAGUCAGUGCUCAGCCUGUCAUCAUGGCUGCCCCCCCUCACCCAGUGGGGAAAGCCCUCGCUUUUGUUCCAGGUGGUGGCGGUCAAGUCCAGCCUAUCCACCUGCUCCAGAGCCCACCUCAGUCCUCCGUCACCACGGUGCGGGUGGUUACCAGCGCCUCUCUUACAUCCAACCCUCCAAAUGGGUACAGCGCCUCCUCUGUUGGAGCAGCAGAGGGCAACAGUGAGCUCAGAGAAGUCCAGCUGAGCAGGGAGCGAGUGAUCCAGACCGUGGACAGUGCAGUGCAGGGCGGAGAGGGGAGGACCUUCACCCCGGGUUUACAUCAACUUCCUGUCCGUCCUGUUACCCAGAAUGGCAAACACACCACUGCUGUUGUUGCCACAGCAACCAGCCUUGCUAAUGCAUCUGGCCUCAGUAGUCCUCUCCAGAUUCUGGCUGCUCAGGCCUCCAGCUCUCCUCCGGUGCUAGUGAGCAGACAUCCCAACGCAGAAACUCUAGCCGAGCAGCCAGGUGAGCCUCAGGCCAAGCGGCCAAAGAUGGAGGACGAUGGUGGGACUGAUCCUGCUCCGCAUCAGGUCAACCCCGCUCAGCAGCCCGUCAUCGUGGCCAUGACAUCGCAAACCCAUGACCCGAGGAAGUAAAAACCUCAGGGCCUCUUACCAGGUACCCGAUGGACAGCCUCGUCAUCACCCCCUCACUGCUUCGCCUUUUUCUACUCAUUUGAUAUGACUGCAGCCGCCACGGCCUAAACAUAUACAGGCAGCCUCUCUCAACAGAAGGGAAUUCAUAAAUAAGGAACGUAUAUUUUGGUCAAAAAUUGAUGAAAAAGUUUCAAAUACAUUCUGAAUGUAUACAGAAAAUCUUUCAGGAGUUUUUUCAGCUUUACAGUCUUUUUAAUGUGAUCCAUCGCUCUCUGACAUCACGACUAAUUAAGGACUUUAAGCUUGUGAGAGCAUUAUGCAUAUUAAAUCAUUUCAGCACUACUUUGAUAAGUGAAUGUUGGUUUAUAAUCAGAUUAGUGUCCUCUUGUUAUGGAUUGGAUGCAUCAGCCACUCUCAGGCCAAAGAACUCACCUCUCUAAGAGUCACUGCUCAAUUAAAACCCAGGGAAUGUGCGUUCAGAUAUUUAAAACGGCCGAUUUUUACUGAAGAAGCUGUGACGAUCAGAGCUGAUGUAUCGUGAAAGUUCACCCAGCUGUGGACAGAAACAUUAGAGAGGUCUUAGCUGCAUAUUUACCCAGACCAGGUCGAAGUUUGGGCGACUGUUAAGAAUAUGAUUGUACUCCUUACUGAAAAACAAGAUGUCUUUCUUAGAAAAGAAACAUGAACGCUGAGGCCUCAAUCUGAGCGCGAGGCGCCUUCUUCUUCUUCUUGCCUUCUCACACAACAAAGGGGUAAUGUUUUGGAAGAAGCGAUGGGAGGAAAUCCAGGAAAAACAAACCAAGACUUUUCAGUUCUCGCUUCACUUCUGCUCUGAGCGGUUUCAGUGUGACGCUCAAGAUGAUCGGCAUGAUUGGAUGGCAGUCGGAGUGAAUAAAGGGCAGGAACACAAGGUAACUACUCAGAGAUGAUUAGAGUGGAGCCGACAUAAUGUAGACAAACUGAUUGUUGUUUUAAUUUUGUUUUAGUCGUGGUAAAAGGAGAAAUGGAACAGCCUGUGCGUACACUUUUUGUUUGUCUUAGCACAGAAAAGCAUUAAUGGAAUAAUCCUUCAAGCCUUAAAUAUUUCUACAUUUUUGUUGUCAUUUUAUUUUAACCUGUAGACAGCUUUACCUUGUUUUUUAGAUUAACACAGCGCUUCUUUAACAGUACACAAUCAGCAACACUACAAUGUUAAGUUACGUUGCAUCAGUAGACGUGUAUCGGUUUUAUCAGGGGUAGGGAGGGACCAACACGUGACCACAAAUUCACCUGCUCUCCUGUCGUUUUCUCUCCUUUAUGGUACUUUUGACAUCUUUCGCUUUUUCCCUUCUGCUGUCCUUGUCCCUCUUCUCAGUGAUCAAUCUUCAUCUUCGCCGUCUCGAAUGAGGCAUCAAGCUGUUGGCACUUCCUGUCACAGACUCUGCCUUAAUCAGAUUUUCUCUUGCACUUUCUCUUCCCCCUCCGCCUCUUUUCACUCACUCUCACUCUGCCUUUAGCUUUUCUGACUGCCAUCUCACAGGCUUCGUUUUAAGCUGGCAAUCAGGCACAAACUCGGCGCAAUAUUUCAGUAAUUGUUGUUGCACAUUAUGUCAAAAAAAAAACAAAAAAUGAUGCGUAAUGAUUGUAUGCUGCUCUAUCUGCUAAAUGACAAAGCUAUUUAGAAGGUAUUUUUUUCUCAUUUUGGAAAAAAAGAAAAAAUAUUUUGCUAUAUGUAAAAAACAGCUGUCAUCAAUACGUAAACAUUCUGGAAAUAGACAACUAUAUGUAUUUUUAAAUGUUUCUGUUUUGUGAUUUGUUUAAAUGUGUAGCACAAAUUAAAAUUCCUCAUUGACUUUAA